AAUAAGGUUAAUAAAUUCAAUAAAAUAAGUUGAAUAUUAGGAUAGAUUAGGAAGUCUGAUAGUGCUAUUAGAGUGUUAGAUUUAAAAAUGUGAAUUUUGAUCAAUUAGUGAAUCAUAACACUGAUGUUAUUUUGUUGUGUAAUACUGACUCAAGUAGACUAAAAGUCUAAGAAUCCUACAUAUUCAUGGGGAAUGAAUACCUACACACUAAAUGAAGGCAUAAAGUUUUAUUUUAUUUAAUCAUCGAAUCAGUCGAUGAUUUAAUUAACUAAUCACAAAAUGUAUUAUAAUUAGGGUAGAGACAAUGGCGAAAGGCAACAACUGCCGGUACUCAGAUUUUAAAUGUGAUUUGUCCGGUGAAACAGUGUCAUUUCCCAAAAUAAAACAAACUGUCAGAAUAGGAGAAAAACUAGGCUGCGGUGCAUACGGAGACGUUUUUAGAGGCUAUAUUCUCUCUGAUGACGGGGAUUCCACCACUAAAAGGAUGACUUUUAUCGAAAAUAUAAAGUCACCAAGAGAAAGCUUAUUUAAUGACAAAGAUACACAUCCGCAAAAUUCUUUAAUGAACUUGAGGCAUAUCGAAACAGUGACAAUAAACAGUAACCCUGACCCUGAUGCGUCCUUGGAUAACCCCUACAAUACAGCGCGAACGGUAGAGCCACUUGAAACCAAACAUGACACACCAACUGCUGACUAUGCAAUAAAAUACUUCAAAGACGAUAGCAUUCAACUUCUGGACGAAGGAUUCACCUCAGGAACAAUUAGAGAACUUAGUAUAAUGAAAAGUGUUUCCGGGCACCCAAACAUAGUAAAAUUGGUGGAUAUUUUCGUCGGUGAACACGAGGGAAUAACUAAUAAAUUGAAUAGUCAAAUAAGUGAUUUAAUUAAAAGUGACUCCAGGAUAUCGCCUAAAGAGUUUGCGUUCUACCCGUUUAAAAACACCCAGAUAUAUGUUUUGGGACUUUAUGAGUUCUGUAGAGGAGGAGAUUUGGGUAGAGGAAUAUUUAGAAAAUUUACAAAGUCAUCUGAAGGCUUCUCUAUCCCAGAAGUUAAGUGGUUAUCAUUCCAGCUCCUUAACGGAUUAGCAUACUUACAUAACUUGAAGAUUGAACACCGGGAUUUGAAGCCAAAUAACAUUAUGCUGGAUAGAGAUGGACCUUUUCCAGUACUAAAGAUCGGAGAUUGGGGACUUGGAAGGGAGUUUAGGUCGUUACACGGGACAAUAACACCGACUGCCUGCACAAUGUUUUACAGACCAAUUGAAGUUAUUUUGGGAUCAAUUUCUAUACUAACAUCGGAUCCAAAUAACUUAAAGACUACAUUUUCACACAACUACGGGAUCAAUGUUGACAUGUGGAGUGCGGCCUGUAUAAUUGCGGAAAUGAUUACAGGAAGACCACUGUUUCAUGGUAACUCGGAUUUCCAAGUAUUAUCCAGAAUCGUAACAAUCCUUGGCAGACCAACGGAGGCAGAAUGGAAGAACUGCUCACUGUCUGAACACUAUCCAUUCAACGGAAGUCUGUACCAAUUCAAGAUUUCCAGUAAAAAGGAGAACCUAAGAGUGGCAUUGAAGGGGAGAAUGGAUGACACAGGGCUUGAUUUGCUCUUGAGUAUGCUCGAGUAUAACCCACACAAGAGGAUUUCAGCACAAGUGGCACUAUCCCACAAAUGGUUCUCAGAUAUAGAUUUCAGGAGGCUUGAUUCAACUGGAGUAGUGAACUGUAUAAUGGACUCGAUGAAAGGACUACUAGGGCCUAAAAUAGUAGAUAUACUUGAGGAUAGAUCAAGAGGCAUACUCUCCACGAGUCUGGUAUCGCAUUUUCUCCACAAAAAUGACCCAAUAAGGGACAAAAUAAUUAAAGCAAUGGAAAAUGAUUAUGCAACUGUAAAUUCCGUAAUAAAAUCAAUGGGACUUCCAGUCAUUUUACAGAACGGGGAUUCCAACACCUAA